CUGAUACUGUUCUCUCUCUUGCACUGUAGUUCUGCGUUUCUUCUCACAAUCCCCUUCACUCCUCGUGCUAGGAUUAUUUCUCACGUUUUCCCCCUCCAUUUGCAUUGGAACUCUUCCAUAUUUCAUCGCCACUGGAAAUUCGAUUCUUUAUCGCAUCAGUUCCGAGUAAUCCUUCUUCCAGUUCAAGCUUAAUCUUCCUUCUUGAUUUCGGAUUCUUAGUUUAUGAUCUCAGGGCUUGGUUUUACACGCUAAGGUAAAUUCGUCGAAAAGAUAUCUAAAAUCUAAAAUGGGUAGAAAGAAGCCGACCGCCCGUGACGAUGACAACGCGCCCGCUGCAUCUCAAGGCGGUGGAAAGUCGAAAAAGAAGGGGCUAGUGAUCGAUGAUGAUGAGUAUUCUAUUGGAACGGAGCCCUCUGAGGAACCUCCGGCUCAAGAAGAGAAACCUGCGGCGACGGGAAAGAAGAAAGGUAAAAAGGGUAACUCAAAGGCUUCAGAAGCCGAGCACGAAGAUUUAGAGAAGGCGAUGGAUGAUGAUGAUGAUGUACCUGAAGUUGUGUUUACUGGGAAGAAGAAGGGAAAAUCAAAAAAAGGUGGUGGAAACAGUGUGUUUACUGCUUCGAGCUUCGGUUUGCUUGGUGAUGAGGAGGGUGGAGGGGAUGAUGAAGAUAAACAAUCCGACAUAGCUGGUGAGGUAGGCAAUGAUGACGAAGAUGAACCGGUUGUUACUUUUUCAGGGAAGAAGAAAUCUUCAAAGGUUUCCAAGAAGAAGGGUGGUAGCUUGUUCACCGCAUCAGCUUUUGAUAUUAUAGAUGAAGAUAAUGAAGAGGAGGUGAUUGAUGAUUCAGUGGAAGCCAGCCGCGAAGAGAAUGAUGACAUGGAAGAGCCGGUUAUUGCUUUUACGGGUAAGAAAAAAUCAUCAAAAAGUAGCAAGAAGGCUGGUGCCUUAUUCACAGGAUCUAGUUUCGGUAAUACUAACGGAGAGCAGGACAAAAAGGAGCAAGAAGAUGAGGAUGAAGAUGUUGCUCCGAUCACUUUCACAGGGAAGAAGAAGAAGUCAUCCAAAUCUUUGAAGAAGGCUGUUAAUACAUUUAGUGCAGCUGUUGCUGAAGAGGAUGUGGAUGAUGAUGAUUUUGUGCUCGAGUCUACUAUAGCUGAUGAAGAUAAGGUUGAGGACGAAGAUGUUUCUAUUAUUACGUUUUCAGGUAAAAAGAAGUCUUCUAAGAGAAACAAGACUGCUACUACCAAAGCUAGUGAUGAUUUUGAAUCUGUUAAUGAAAGUCAAGUUGCUGUAGAGCCUGGGCAACCUAGCGUAAUAGACAACAAUAAAGGUAAUAAGAGUGAAGAGGUGAUUGAAACUUCAAAAAAUAAAAAGAAGAAGAAUAAAAAGAGUGGAAGAACUGCUCAAGAAGAGGAAGAUUUGGACAAGCUUCUUGCUGAGCUUGGGGAGGGGCCUCCAGUAAAACCUGCUUCCCCUCCAACAGAGGAUGAUAAAGUUCAGGCUUCUUCUGAAGUGGCUGUUCCUGCUACUGCUGCGGUGGAAAAAGAAGGGGAAGAAGAGACAAUUGAGUCAGCUGCUGCAAAAAAGAAGAAGAAGAAUAAAAAGAGUGGAAGAACUGCUCAAGAAGAGGAAGAUUUGGACAAGCUUCUAGCUGAACUUGGAGAGGGGCCUCCAGUAAAGCCUGCCCUCCCUCCUGCAGAGAAGGAUAAAGUUCAGGCUUCUUCUGAAGUAGCUGCCCCUGCUGCUGCUGUGGUGGAAAAAGAAGGGGAAGAAGAGACAAUGGAGUCAGCUGCUGUAAAAAAGAAGAAAAAGAAAAAGGAAAAGGAAAAGGAGAAGAAGGCUGCUGCAGCAGCUGCGGCUGCAAGUGCCCCAGAUAAUGAGAAGAAUGAAGAAGUUAAACCCGAGAUCUCAGAAUCAAAGAAGAAUGAUUCCAAGAGUAAAGCAGCUGACAAGAAAGUGCCAAAGCAUGUUAGAGAGAUGCAAGAGGCAUUGGCCCGAAGAAAAGAGGCUGAAGAGAGGAAGAAAAGGGAAGAGGAGGAGAGGCUGAGGAAGGAAGAAGAAGAGCGGCGUAGGCAAGAGGAGCUUGAGAGACAAGCAGAAGAGGCAAGACGUAGAAAAAAGGAAAGGGAGAAGGAGAAGCUCCAGAAGAAGAAGCAAGAAGGCAAAUUAUUAACUGGUAAGCAAAAGGAAGAAGCUCGUCGCUUGGAGGCCAUGAGGAAGCAGUUUCUUGCUGGUACAGGGGGUGUCACUCUUCCUACUGGGGACUCGGGUGUACCAGCAAAACGACCCAUAUAUCAGACAAAGAAGUCAAAACAAGCCCAUCAUCAGCAGAAUGGCACUGCCCCUGUUAAGGCAGCUGAAGAUGUGGAAGCAAAGGAAAAUCUGGAGACCACCCCUGAUGCAGAGUCAUUGGAACCAGAGAAGGAUGAAGUGGUUGAAUCAGUGCAGGAUGAGGACAACGUUAAACCUUCUGAAGAUGUUGAAGAAGAUGAAGUUGAAGAAGAUGAUGAGGAUGAAUGGGAUGCAAAGAGUUGGGAUGAUGUUAAUUUAAAUGGAAAAAGUGCAUUUGCUGAUGAGGAGGCUGACUCAGAACCUGAACCUGUAGUGAAAAAGGAGAUAAAAAAUGCUGUAUCAACUCAAAAUGCUGCACCUCUGUCUGUUGUCAAGUCAACAGGCACAACUAAGAAAGCUGCUUCUACCGAGCAAAUUGAAAGUAAAAUGCAGGUUGAGAAGCAACCACCUAAGCAGGUUCAGAAGCAACCAGCUAAGCAGACUGGGUUGCAACCACCCAAUUCAGCUGUGCCUUCUCAGCCAAGUGGAGAGAACCUUCGUUCCCCAAUUUGCUGUAUUAUGGGCCAUGUGGACACAGGUAAAACUAAGCUGCUGGAUUGUAUUCGAGGUACUAAUGUUCAGGAAGGUGAGGCUGGUGGCAUCACACAGCAGAUUGGCGCUACAUAUUUUCCUGCUGAGAACAUACGUGAAAGAACAAAGGAACUGAAAGCUGAUGCAAAGCUGAAAGUUCCAGGUCUGCUGGUGAUAGAUACCCCUGGGCAUGAGUCUUUUACUAACUUAAGGUCAAGGGGUUCAGGUCUAUGUGAUAUUGCAAUUUUAGUUGUCGACAUUAUGCACGGAUUAGAACCUCAGACAAUAGAAUCACUCAAUCUGUUGAAAAUGAGGAAUACGGAAUUCAUUGUUGCGUUGAACAAAGUUGACAGACUUUAUGGUUGGAAAGUAUGCCGUAAUUCUCCAAUUGUUAAGGCAAUGAAGCAGCAAACCAAGGAUGUACAAAAUGAGUUCAAUAUGAGAGUGACUCAGAUCAUCACUCAAUUCAAGGAACAGGGGCUAAACAGUGAGUUAUACUAUAAAAACAAAGAAAUGGGAGAAACCUUCAGUAUUGUACCUACUAGUGCUAUAAGCGGUGAAGGUAUCCCAGAUUUGUUAUUGUUGUUGGUCCAAUGGACACAAAAAACAAUGGCUCAGAAACUUACGUAUAGUGAUGAAGUGCAGUGUACAGUCUUGGAGGUUAAGGUUGUUGAAGGUCAUGGGACAACGAUUGACGUUGUCUUGGUUAACGGCGUUCUUCAUGAAGGAGAUCAAAUAGUUGUGUGUGGAAUGCAGGGACCUAUUGUUACUACAAUUCGAGCUCUAUUGACACCUCAUCCUAUGAAAGAGCUCCGUGUUAAGGGCACAUACCUCCAUCAUAAAGAAAUUAAGGCUGCUAUGGGUAUCAAAAUCACUGCUCAGGGGCUUGAGCAUGCUAUUGCUGGCACUGCUUUAUACGUGGUGAAGCCUGAGGAUGAUUUAGAAGAUAUCAAAGAAGCAGCUAUGGAAGAUAUGGAGUCAGUCAUGAACAGGAUUGACAAGAGUGGUGAGGGAGUUUGUGUACAGGCAUCCACCCUUGGUUCUUUGGAAGCAUUGCUGGAGUUUUUGAAAACACCGGAAGUGAAUAUUCCUGUUAGUGGUAUAAGCAUAGGCCCUGUACAUAAAAAAGACGUAAUGAAGGCCAGUGUAAUGCUUGAAAAGAAACGAGAGUUUGCCACUAUCUUGGCAUUUGAUGUCAAAGUCAAUCAGGAGGCUAAAGAUCUUGCAGAAGAACUAGGUGUGAAAAUCUUUAUGGCUGAUAUCAUUUAUCACCUAUUUGACCAAUUUAAGGCCUAUAUUGACAACAUUAAGGAGGAAAAGAAGAAAGAAUCAGCUGAUGAGGCAGUCUUCCCUUGUGUCCUGAAAAUCUUACCAAAUUGCAUUUUCAACAAGAAGGAUCCAAUUGUUUUGGGAGUUGAUAUUCUUGAAGGCGUAUUAAAGGUUGGGACUCCAAUUUGUGUUCCUUCCAGAGAUUACAUAGAUAUUGGUCGCAUUGCAUCCAUUGAAAAUAACCAUAAACCUGUUGAUUAUGCCAAGAAAGGGCAGAAAGUAGCCAUCAAGAUUGCUGGCAGCAACCCUGAGGAACAACAAAAAAUGUAUGGGAGGCAUUUCGAGAUUGAUGAUGAACUUGUAAGCCAUAUCUCAAGGAGAUCUAUCGAUAUCCUCAAAGCUAAUUAUCGGGAUGAACUGAGCAUGGAGGAAUGGAGGCUUGUUGCAAAAUUGAAGAACGUUUUCAAGAUACAGUGAGACUUCACGUGGGUGCUCUCGAGUAUGAUUCUUUAUGGUAAACACAGCUUGAGCAGCGAUGUGUCCGGUUUUAUACAAAAUGGUUCGGGGAUUAUUUUCUGGCAGCAAUUUGGAUCCGUCGCUGAGGUUGAUACAGAUAAUGGAAUGAGUAUAGAGUGGCAUUGUUUGUCAAGAAACACUUUUUUUGACGAGAAACUCCUAUGCUCAGUAUCGGCAGGCAAAGAUGAGGCCAAAAUGCUGAGAGAAUGGUGGCUGGCAAAGGCUGGAAUUUUGUGAAAUAUUAUCUGUUAUUUUCGUGGCAGACGUUGACUGGGAGCAGAAGCAAUUACAGGGAUGUAAACAUGGAUAAGAGAUCGACUGGAGCUGACAAAUUGUUCUACUUCACACUUGUUUUUUCGCUGGGGAAUUUUUUUUUCACCUGAGUAAAACUACAUGUGUGUACCUAAAGUGUACAUCGUUUUGUUUGAGUUUCUGUUGCAUUUUCUUCACCAGCAUAUUAUCUUCACAAAUUUUCCUGCCCUGUUGAGCCAUUUUUUUUGUUUUUUUUUGGGGGGGGGGGGUUCAUUGUAUGUGGCGGUUCAUUUGGUUAGGGCGGCGUUUGUUUAAAUGAGGUAUUAAGAUUUGUGUUUAUUAUGUUAAUGUUUUAGAUGAUUAACUUGGUCUUUGAGAAGCUAACCUUAGUGGGAGAAGGCAUUUGCUGCUGCUGCAUUGUUAUGGAAUAUAGCCUUAGAUGCAGCAAAACAUUUAUCGAGUGAUAUGCAAUGCCUAUUUGUUACAAUGGUAUUUCAUUUUUCAA